GUCUUGAGACAGUCGGCACUCACUCAACCACCAGUGGCCACUGAACAUCGACGUUCAAUCAUGAAGAUUCUGGUGAUUGUGCUCUUGGCGGCUGCCGCUUGCGCUACUGAAAUAGAGAAGCGAGAGGCGGAGCCUGGUUAUGGAAGUUAUGGCCAUGUGACUCACUAUCAGCGUCCUUCUUAUGGCUAUUCUCAUCACUAUCACAAGAGAUCUGCUGAUCCUGAACCUGAAGCUGAACCUUCCUAUGGGUAUGGUAACUCCUAUGGGUACCGCAGCUACCGGCCAGUGAGCUAUGGCUAUUCUCAUCACUAUCACAAGAGAUCUGCUGAUCCUGAACCUGAGGCUGAACCUUCCUAUGGUUAUGGUAACUCCUAUGGGUACCGCAGCUACCGCCCAGUGAGCUAUGGCUAUUCUCAUCACUAUCACAAGAGAUCUGCUGAUCCUGAACCUGAGGCUGAACCUUCCUAUGGCUAUGGUAACUCCUAUGGAUACCGCAGCUACCGCCCAGUGAGCUAUGGGUAUUCUCAUCACUAUCACAAGAGAUCUGCUGAUCCUGAACCUUCUUAUGGAUAUAGCCGUGGAUAUUCUGCACCAGUCUACCACAGGCCAUCAUAUGGUUACAGCCAUGGUGGAUACUAAUAAGCUACCAAGAACCUCACCAUAUAUUGUAGAAUGUUGAUUGAUGAGUGAUUCAUAUUUUGACGAUUAAAGUAUAUUAUAUGCAA